AUGUCAGGUGUCGAGUCAGCCGCGACUGUCCAGCCAGCGAUCAAGGAUGUCCAAACCUUGAAGGCCAAUCUGAAGGAACAAGAGAAACGGGCUCGGAGUGAGAACGAGACGGAAGAGGUAGCUGUACUCCCGAUCACCGACCAGCAACCACCAGCAAAAGCUCAGGAUGGUGGGGAGCAACGGAAGCGUCGAAAGGUCAGCAACCCGGACGGGCCCACCAAGCCAGCCGAGGAACCCGUCUUGGAUGGUCCUCUUCCCCCAGCCACCGAGCCGGUCAAAUCCUCCAACGGCGCUCAUUCCAACGAGAAGGAUCCCAGCUCGGCUGCUCCGGCGUCGACCAGCCCGACCAAAACUAGCCAAUCUGAUCAGCCACUCCCCGCAGACGCCACCACUACUACUGCCUCAUCCGAUGAAAAUAACAAGGUGAAGACCCAGCCAGCCAUUGCUCCAUCAUCAUCUGAGGUAGCAAACGAACCGGUGGCUUCUAAGGAUCAACCACUUCAAGCCCAGAAGACUGACCAGGAGAAACCCGACGCUCAGAGUGCCCAUCCGGAAGCUACCAAGCCAGAAGCUGCGGCCCCAACAGAAGCCGAAGAAAAAGCCCCAAAGACUAUUGCCAAGCCUGCCGAAGCUGUCGUCGCCGCCGCUGCCUCGUCUUAA